CGUCGGUCAGUUUUCCUUCCGGUCGAAGACGCCUGCAGUUGGAGAGCGAGCGCUGAAUCUGUGACAUGAAGAUUUAACUGUUAUAUGUGGAAGUGCGGACAGUGAGAAAUCCUCUGCGAUGGAUAUACCGGUGCCUCCUGAGGACCAGGAGUUGAGGAAUGUCAUCGACAAACUAGCACAGUUUGUGGCCCGGAAUGGCCCCGAAUUCGAGAAAAUGACAAUGGAGAAACAAAAAGAAAACCCCAAGUUCUCUUUUCUGUUUGGAGGCGAAUACUAUAAUUAUUACCAGUACAAACUGGCAAUCGAGCAGCAAUUGUUGUGUAAUCCAUCAGGGCAGGAAAGUGAACCUCCAACUGCAGCCCCUGUGCCAGCUCCAAUCCCAGCCCCAGUUCCACCCCCUGCCUCCACAGCUGUGCCAGUCCCAGCUCCUGCCCCAACUCUAACUCAGCCACCCACACCUCCAGCUCCUGGCCAGCCACAGUUAGAGGAGUUGAUUCAGCAGAGUGUAUGGAAUCUACAGCAGCAGGAACAGCAUCUCCUUGUGCAAAGACAGGAGCAAAUAACUGCAGCAAUUGCCUUGGCAAUGGAACAACAAAUACAGAAGCUCCUGUCAGAGACGCAGCUGGACAUGACUGAAUUUGACAGCCUGUUACAACCCAUUAUCGACAGCUGUACCAAAGAUGCUAUCUCAGCUGGUAAGAACUGGAUGUUUAAUAAUGCAAAAACCCCACAGCAUUGUGAGCUGAUGUCUGGCCACCUGCGAAACCGUAUCACAGCUGAAGGAGCUCAUUUUGAACUACGCCUUCAUCUGAUCUACUUGAUAAAUGAUGUGCUGCAUCACUGUCAGCGGAAACAGGCCCGAGACCUGCUUGCAGCCCUGCAGAAAGUCGUGGUUCCUAUUUAUUGCACCAGCUUCCUUGCUGUGGAGGAGGACAAACAACAGAAGAUUGCACGGCUGUUGCAACUGUGGGAGAAGAACGGUUACUUUGAUGAGUCCAUUAUUCAGCAGUUGCAGAGCCCAGCUCUUGGACUUGGACAGUAUCAGGCCUCGCUCAUCACAGAGUUUGCGGCUGUGGUUCAGCCCAUUCAGAUGGCCUUCCAGCAACAGAUCCAGACCCUGAAAGCCCAUCACCAAGAGUUUGUGGACAGUCUCACCAAGCAUCAACAUCAACCACCCCAGCCUCCACCCCAGCCUCAGCCCCAGCCCCAACCCCAGGCACAGCCCCAAACACUGCUGGAACCUGAGGCUCCACCACCACACAUCCCAAUGCCUCCGAGCCAAGAUCUGCCAGCUCUCUCGCCAACUGAAACACAAGGUGCAGUAAUGAAUGAAAUGGAACACAUGAAUGAAGGUUGGGAGCAGAACGGACUGUAUGAAUUUUUCCGAGCCAAAAUGCGAGCCAGGAGGAAAAAGGGGCAAGAAAAGAGGAACAGGGGGGGUCCAAGCACAUCUACACCUGGAACUAUGAAACCAGGACCCCGUUUGGAACCCCAUGAGACCAGUAGUGGAGUCAAAGCGGAGAAGCGUGGGCGAUCAAAAUCCCGGAGUCGGUCACGGAGCAGGCGUUCAUCCUCUGGCUCAAGCUCAAGAUCUUCACGGUCUUCCCGCUCUUAUUCUAGAUCAAGGUCGCGGUCUCGAUCUCGUUCACGUUCUCGUUCUUACUCCGGUUCACAUUCUAGUCACAGCAGGUCAAGGUCAUCACGGAGCAGGUCUCGCUCUCGCUCUCGCUCACGUUCACGUUCCUUUUCACCAGGAAAGAGGAGAGUAUCAAGGUCACGGAGCCAGACUCCACCUCUGUCUCCAGGUCUCAACGGGAUGAGAGGAAAAGGAGGGAGGGAAAGAGAGACACAAAAUGUACAGAGAUUAAGAAACCUACAGAACCAAGAGAAUCUGAGAGUUGCAGGAGGAGAAAGAAAGAAAAGUUCCACAACAGGACUUGGAGGUGGUCCUGUCACCCUCACUCCUGAUCAGAGACUAGGGGAAGAAAACAAAGGACAUCAGCUGUUAAUGAAGAUGGGCUGGAGCGGGUCAGGCGGACUUGGGGCAAAGGAACAGGGCAUUCAAGAUCCAAUCAAAGGAGGAGAGAUUCGUGAUAAGUGGGACCAGUAUAAAGGAGUGGGUGUCCCACUUGACGAUCCCUAUGAGAAUUAUCGAAGAAAUAAGAGUUACUCUUUCAUAGCUCGCAUGAAAGCAAGAGAUGAAAAAAGAAAUACAGGAGCAGCCACCCCCAGAGUGAAGAAUGCUUAAAGUGGUGGAGCUGUGUUUGUUCUGCUUCAGAUGGUGACAUCACUCCCAUAAUUCAAUAACAAGGACUUAGAUACUCAAGCUACUUCCUGCUGGACUGAUCAAUCAAAGGGGGCCUCAAAGCCGAGUAUUUCAGGGUUGGGACAUGAGCAGAGGAUUAAAUCCCUAUUGAUUCUUCUUGUAGAUUGAAUAUACUAUAAUUUCAUUUUCACAUGGGGUACCUGCUUAUACAAUGAUGUGUUUUUCCCAGUGUAUUUUUUUUUAGGUGAAGCAGUACAAAGUUGUAGGCAUCAAUGAUAGGAUGAGAAUUUUUAUACUGACUAAUUGUAAAUGUUUGUGUUGGCUUAAAAUUGGACAUUUUGACUGUCUCCUCUGUUGUGUAGUAAGGAAAGAAUCUGAAGCCUUGAAGUAUUUUCACUUUCCCUUUUGUGUUUAGUUACUGAGAGGUGUGCCUGGAUUGUUAACACUCUCUUGUUUGAUCAGUCACUAGACUAGACCUAAUGUGAAUUUUUGUGAACCAUUUUAACCUGUUCAUCUGAACUGCAGGAGUAAAGUUUCUCAAUCAGUAAUUCUUUAAUUAAAUGCAUUCUGUUUAUUGUAGCAACCUCCAAUUUUGUCACCAAAGUUCCUGUCCCUCCGUAUUCUGCUAAUGUAGACACAACAACAACUUGUAAGUAUAUAUCACCUUUAACAUUAUAAAACAUCCAAGGCAUUUCACUGGUGUGAUAGAAAAUUUGACACUGAGCCUCAUGAGAUAUUAUGACAGGAGACUAAAAGAUUGAUCAAAGAUGUAACUUUUAAGGAGGAGAGAAUAUUAGAGACAUGAAGAGACUCAGCCAGGGAAUUGCAGAACUUAAUGCUUGGGCAUCUGAAAAUACAGCUGCCAGCACAAUUCAAAUGAGCAACACUUUGUGACAAUACUAUGCGAUCAGUGCUGUGACUGUUGUAUUUCUCUAGCAUUAAUUUGAGUAGAUGCCCCUCAUAAUGUUUAUACCCAUAUUCCUGUCUACUAUCUCGUUUCCACCCAUGAAUGUGAGAAACAAGUAGAUCUUGCUAGACAUCCAACACAAGUUAACAGCAUGGGUACAGCUAUGGGGGAUAAGAGAACUCUGUCACAGCAUUAUUCUUGUCAUCAAACUGCCAGUAAGAAAUCACAGUCAAUUAAAUGUCUUUUAGUAAUCUUGUAAUUUUGAUAUUGCUUUGAUACAAUUUCCUCCAGCCCAGAAGUUCACCCUUCUAUUAAAAACAAAGGAUUUAUGCAGAUUAUUUCUCUAAACUCAUGAAAAAGUGUGAACCGUGUAGUCAUCCUAGUUUGCUGAUACACAGUACACCUAGCUAUGUUUGAACUAAUUAAUAUCAGCAAGAUAACUGUUACCCAUUGAAUUGUGUUUCUUCCUGCCAUUGACUAUCAAUAGAAGUUCAUGCUGCAGAAAUCUGCUCCGUUCUGCCACAUGAAAAAGCUGUUUUUGUGAUGAGCAGCCCAAGAUCUCCUGCUUUCAUUAUAUUUCUUGCCCCUAACUCCAUGUUGUAUAUUUCUGUCCUCACUCUUAAGAAUAUGUAAUAGGAUCAAUGAUUACCUUUGAUAUUAGUAGUUAAAGGACCUGAUUUCAGAGAGUGCAGUUUUGACCAGGACCAACUUGGAAUAAAAUUUGUAGUAUAUUCA